CGAGUAUAGCGCGGGGAACGUUCGGGCGGACCCAAACGUAGACCCCGAGGCACCUCAGCUUCGAAAGUCCCCGCCGGAGAAGCGACGGACGCGCGGAUCUCGACGAGGAGAUCUGAAAGUGAUUUUAGGGUAAACGGGAGCGAUGGCAGACUCGAGGUCGAACUACUCGCUCACCACCUUCAACUCCAGCGGCGAGCUUGUGCAGAUUAAGCACGCGCUCGCCGCGGUGCAGAGCGGCGCGACAUCUUUGGGCAUCCGCGCGGUUAACGGCGUGGUUCUUGCCACCGAAAAGAAGCUUCCCUCGACGCUGGUGGACGAGACCACCGUGGAGAAGAUCGCGCAGCUGACGCCCGAGAUUGGCAUGACCUACAGCGGGAUGGGACCGGACUUCAGGGUGCUGACGAAGAAGACCCGCAAGGAGACGCAGGUGUACUACCGCACCUACCACGAGCUCGUGCCCUGCUCGCAAAUCGUGAGGGAGACGGCGUCGGUGAUGCAGGAGUUCACCCAGCGGGGAGGCGUCAGGCCCUUCGGGGUCUCCCUCCUCAUGGCCGGAUUCGACUCCAACGGGCCGCAGCUGUACCAGGUGGAUCCCUCCGGAACGUACUUCGCGUGGAAGGCGAGCGCGAUCGGCAAGAACAUGGUCAACGCCAAGACGUUCCUGGAGAAGAGGUACUCGGAGGACAUGGAGCUGGAGGAUGCCAUCCACACCGCCAUCCUCACGCUCAAGGAGGGGUUCGACGGUCAGAUCAGCGCGGAGAACAUCGAGAUCGGUAUCGUCGCGGAGGACAGGAAGUUCAGGGUGCUGACGUCGGCGGAGGUGGCGGAUUACCUGUCCGAGGUUGAGUAACCUCCUCGUUUAGUUCCAGCGGGGUUUCGAAAUAUCUUUAACGACCCAUCUUCU